AUGUCUUCCGCAAGCCGUCCUCUUUACAACUUCCUUUUCCGAAAGAACUAUGUGUUCCUCGGUGCAGUAUUUGGUGCUGCUUUUGGAUUCGAGAUGGCAUACGAUUCAAUCACAGAUCGAGUUUGGGACUCUAUAAACAAGGGACGUCAAUGGAAGGAUAUCAGAGCGAGAUAUGUUGAGGCUGCGGACGACGACGAGUAG